AUGCCAGCCGGCCUGUUCCUUCUCCUCCCCCUUCCCCCUUCUCCUCUCCCGUGCGCACAGGAGCUGGUGGACGCGUAUAGCUACCGCGAGCGCCUCACCAUGCCCAAGCUCAUCGUCUCCGCUGCCAACGAUGAGUUCUUCGCCCUCGAUGACAGGUGGGGUGCGGUGAUGACAGGAUUCUCAAACGUGACUGACAAAUCGGCCGUGGACGACAGGUGGGCCGUGGACGACAGGUGGGCCGUGGACCACAGGUGGGCCGUGGACCACAGUGCAUUCUACGACCACCAGACCUUGUUCAUUGGGAAUGCACCUCGUCCCACCUCAUACUCCCCUCUCCGCCCCGCAUCCCCCCCGCCCUGUGCACGGCGGGGCAGCUACAACUACUGGGAGGGGCUGCCGGAGCCCAAGUUCCUCAACCUCGCCUUGCUCAUUGGGAAUGCACUAGCUCCCGCUCGGCCCCUCAUCCCUCUCCUCAUCCCCCCCUGUAUCCCCCCCGGCAGCUACAACUACUGGGAGGGGCUGCCGGAGCCCAAGUUCCUGAAGCUGCUGCCCAACAUCGACCACAUGGUGCUGCACUUCUCGCAGUGGUUCAAGGCGCCUCAAUCUCAUUGCAAGUUCCUCAAGCUGCUGCCCAACAUCGACCACAUGGUGCUGCACUUCUCGCAGUGGCAUGGUGGACAUCGUUCUAUUCGCUCUCACCGCUCUGACCACAUUGACCCGUCUGACCACAUUGACCCGUCUGACCACAUUGACCCGUCUGACCUCAUUGACCCGUCUGACCACAUUGACCCGUCUGACCACAUUGACCCGUCUGACCACAUUGACCCAUCUGACCUCAUUGACCCGUCUGACCACAUUGACCCAUCUGACCUCAUUGACCCGUCUGACCACAUUGACCCAUCUGACCUCAUUGACCCGUCUGACCACAUUGACCCGUCUGACCACAUUGACCCAUCUGACCUCAUUGACCCGUCUGACCACAUUGACCCAUCUGACCUCAUUGACCCGUCUGACCACAUUGACCCAUCUGACCUCAUUGACCCGUCUGACCUCAUUGACCCGUCUGACCACAUUGACCCGUCUGACCUCAUUGACCCGUCUGACCUCAUUGAUCCACUCCCAACCAAAAUCUCCCUCUCUCCCCCAUAUACUCUCCCCUCCCCUCCCGUCGCCCCACCCUCCUACUUGUGUCGUGCUGGCAGGACUGGGAAGACCUUCGUGGGCAGCAAACGCCGCGACUUCCGGUUCAUUCUGCACCAAGGCAGGACGGGAUGUGUGCUGCCCUUCCAGGGCCCGGCGGGAAGCUACGUGAGCAGGCUGGGCAAGCUGUGUGUGCAGCCCAUCCCGUUCUUUGCUGAUAAAGUCACGCCCCCUACAAGGAAGGACGAUGGCAAGUGGCAUUUCAGCGCCACCGUCAACGACAUUCCCAAGGUGGGGUAUCGGGCGCUGUGGAUUCAAGUGGACUAUGACCUUCCGAGUUACGACAAGCCAUUUUCCAUCACCACAGAGGCAAUGGUUGCACCAAACAACUACCCCUUUGAGUAUUGUGACACGGCAGAGUGCCAUAACGUACUGGUCCCUCCCUCCCUCCCUGCUGGUGGAACCAUUGGAGCUACUGUGAAGGACCUGUGUGUAUUAACAUUCUCUGUUGAAGACAAUCACUUUGUGAUUGUUCUUGCCUUAUCCACUGCGGUGGUAAGGAUAUUUUGCAACAGAGGUGUUUUUCACAUUGCUGUGGUUGCUGAACUGGAAGCUUGUGUGCAGAAGAUUGAUCUGAACAACAUGGAUGAGGAAAUGGCUGACAAGGAACCUGCUGAAAACUCCUCUGCUAAGGACCCUGCAGCUGCUGAAAAUUCCAAGGAACAGGAAAGGGAGUCUCAGGGGGAUGACAUUGAGCUGGAGGGCGAAGAGGAUAUUCUGCAUGCUGAAAUUGCUAAGCUGCAGGAUCACGCUGCUGAGCAGGAUACGCGCAUCCAGCAGCAGCAGUCACUCAUCACCAACCUCAAGAGGGAUCUCUCUGACCAGGACAACAAAAUCAAGUACCUGGAAGUUGAGCUCAAGAACAUGAAGCACGACGCCCGGGAGCACGUUCAUCAGCUGGCGAGGCAGACCUCAAAGAUCAACGAGCUGCGCGAGGCGUUCAGUGCCCUCCGAAGGGAGACCAUGUAUCGCCCUGCACCACGAGCGGAACCGCCUGCCAACUCUGCUAGCGGUCGCACCAACCCUUCUCGCUCUGGUGGUGCAGUGGGUGACCCUGGUCCUUCUACGCAGCGCGCUGCUGAGCCGAGCACGCAGGCUUUUGGCUCUCUGCCAAUCACCCUGCCGCCAUUCAUCCAUGGCAAGACGGACGUGGCUGCGUGGUUGUCGAUGAUGACCGACCUGUUCAAGGCGCACAAGGUCCAAGACGACGCUCGCGUCGUCGCUGCCACCACCGUGCUGGACCAGAAUGCACAGCGAGUGGUGUAUGGCAGCAAGAUCCAGGCUGAGGCGGAUAGGAAGCCGUUUGGAUGGGAGGAAUUCGCAUCUGCACUCAAGCAAGCCUUCCAGGGGGCUGCCUGA